AUGGCCCGUCUAACAGCACUUGGCAGCCGCAUCACUGCGAUGCAUCACUGUGGGAUCACUGUGGGAGCCGUGGCAGUUGAAUGGGUGAACGGCCUGUUCGAGGAUGGCAGCUCGAAGCAGCACCUCGCCCUGCAGGAAGCCGCGAGGCUGCUCAUGACGAUUGCACCCAUUGUGAGCCUAGCAGACCAAAGUGGAGACUCCGUGGCUGGGCUUUCCAGCAUUGCGGACGCGCUGGACGUGCUGGACGCACAGGAGUUGAUCCGAGAAGGGCAGGCCGCUGCAGCUUCCCUGCAGUUGGACAGAGAUUUGAUUCAGCUCCAGCUCGCCUUGGAUGAUGGGUCGGAGAAGGUCAUCGAUCUGUUCCGGCAGGAGCUCGGAAAGCCGGGGAGAGCCAUGUGA